AUGAUGGAUGUGGACAAUACCAGUGUAAAUAGAGACAUACAAUGUGUUGAUGACCUGUCAGCGUUUGAUCCUUUUGGCAUGCCAAUAGACGGAGACAAUUUCAGCCUCUUCUCUCCUUCGCGUUCUUACUGGGCAAUGGGAGUAGAUCCAGAGGUUGGUUUAAACAUGCAUCUGCACAUCCCCAAUGACUCCGGCACUUUAGAUACCCAAAUCUAUGACAACAGCACAAAAGCAGGCACUGGUAGUUCUAGCGCCUCCAACAGCAUCUGGAAUGCUGAAGGUACAUCUAGUGCAACGACUCCUGCCUCCACCUUCCACUUCAAGCCUCCCAGAUCUCAACUCCACGAUUGCGAAGCAAAGGGAUUGCCGCCCUUUAUUCUCUUCACCGCUGCACGAUUCUACACACGGACCGCCCCAACGGUCGCUAUCAGUACUGUAAAAGAAAUCCUCGAGUGUGCUUGCGCGCAGCAACAACACGUUGCCCUUCUCUGCAUGACGAUAUCAACAAAAGCCCUAUACUGGUAUCGGUUAGCCGGUUCGCCUCAAUAUCAGGCAAGCAUGACGCCAGACUCGCCAAAUCAUAGUAGCUCCAACAGUGGUCGUCCUUCCAUUCCUAGCGUGCUAUCAUCCCGUGGGGUCGAAUCAAUACCAAUUCAGAUCGGCGUGUUUGAUCUUGAAGAAGAGAAUCAGAGGCUCUUGAUAAGGGGUGUCUUGUUAAGAGAAGUACGCAAGCUGGAGGGUAUCGUUGAGAAAAUGCAAAUGUUGAGCGAUGAACACAGGAGAGAUGACGAUACUGCUGAUGGGUAUCGUGUGUCGAAUUGGUCUGGAAUUACAUGGCCCUUGAUGAAAGCAGAAGUUCAAGAUACUCUUCAGCAGAUUAAGGAGUUUGGCGCAUGCGGUACCACCGAUUGGAAUGAUAAAUACAAUGCUUAUGUGGUAAAUCUUGUCAUCUGUCUACAAAUAAUGGAACAUGACCUUUGA